AAAUCUUAAGCUAGCUUGAGAUUUGAGAGUUGAGACCAAACCAAUGGCAAAUAAUAUUGGCCUUAGUUUCUUCCUUCUGGCUCUACUUCUACUUUCAAAGGUGGAAGCAAGACCAAUGCCUGCAGCUCCCAUUUUGCCUCUAUCUGAUCCAAAAUUUUCAUCUUCUUCCAUUUCCAUAACAUCAUCAUCACCUAAUGGAGCAAGCCUGAGUGAUAUUGAUGAUGAUGAUGCUUGCAAGGGUUUAAACAGCAAGGACUGUUUGAUGAGAAGGUCGAUGGUUGCCCACACAGAUUACAUCUACACACAGGAUAUCAGCACUAGUACUGAACCGUGAUACUAGCUAAUAUUUUCUUCUUUACUUUCUGUUGUAAAUCUGGCGAAAUCCUAUUUAUGGUGGAAAGUGAAGGUUUUUGUAUCUAAUUUGAUAUAUGAAACCCUGGAAUUGAGAUGUAAUCACAUGAAGUUCAAUGCAUGGCGAGUAUCCAGGCUAUUCAGUCACUCUAAUUCCCUGUUCAUGAUCAGCAACAAAGAACAAGACAAAUUUCAUGUGAUUUUGUGAUACUCACUGAGUCAAUGUUAUUAAAAACUCUACACUACUCCUAGUCUCCUACCACCAUUAAGUUGUUUAACAUAAAAUAAAAGGUUUCAGUUGUAUGAUAUAUAAAACGUAUAGAGAACAGUCUUGUCUUUAGAAGACAAGAUGAACU